AUGCGCUGCUCCACCCUUCUGGGCAUCCUGACAGGGGUGCUGCUCUACCUGAUACUGGGAGCAGUGGUUUUUCGCACCCUAGAGACUCCUCUGGAGGAGGGCAAGCACCUGCAGCUGCAGGACACACGUCGGGACUUCCUGAUGAACUUCACGUGCGUCAGCCCGGACCACCUACAGGCCCUUAUAGAGGAAGUGGUGGAUGCCGUCGGUGUAGGCUUGGAUCCUAGCAGCAACUCUUCCUCCUUUGCCAGUCAAUGGGAUCUUGCUAGUGCCUUUUUCUUCUCUGGGACAAUCAUCACAACCAUCGGAUUUGGAAACAUCUCCCCAAAGACGGAGGGUGGGCAGCUGUUCUGUAUUUUCUAUGCCCUGGUGGGGAUUCCUCUGUUUGGUAUCUUGCUGGCCGGAGUUGGGGACCAUCUGGGCACUGGGCUGAGGAAACUGGUUGCUAAAAUAGAGACUCUCUUUCUGAAGUGGCGGGUUAGUCCGACCAUCGUGCGGGUUAUCUCCGCCGUCCUCUCCAUCUUGUUGGGAUGCGUGCUCUUUGUUGCAGUGCCUAUUCUGGUUUUCAAAGAGGUGGAGAAGUGGACUCUACUUGAGUCGGCCUACUUUGUAGUCAUCACUUUGACAACAGUUGGAUUUGGAGACUAUGUUGCAGGUGAUUCUGGAAAUGAAGGCAGUGACCACUGGUAUAAGCCUUUGGUUUGGUUUUGGAUCCUACUGGGCCUGGCCUACUUUGCAUCUGUCCUGACAAUGAUUGGUAACUGGAUUCGAGUUCUGUCCAAGAAGACCAGAGCCGAGAUGGAGGGGCUGCGAGCCCACGCCACCGACUGGACGCAGAACAUCCAGAACAUGUCGGUGGAUUUUCACAUGCCGGGGAAACUUGAUGACCCCUUCAAACGGCAUCGGCGAAAGCGUCGCCGUGGCCCCCGAAGCCACGGCCACAGCUUGUCGACCGCAGGGGCCCCAGAGGAGAAACAACAGCAGCAACAGAGUCAAACCGAAUCGGGAUCCUCCUCCUCCUCCUCCUCCUUUUCCUCCAAUGAAUCCGAGUCCGGCACAGAGACAGGGUCACAGGUCACACAGACGGUGCGCGUGCCGGAGAUCAAAAUUGUCGACGUUGACAAGGAUAAGCCUUUGCCAGAUCCUCUGUUUUCUCAGCCCUUGGAUUACUUUGGGGAGAACCUGGCAUUCAUUGAUGAGUCUUCAGAUGCCCAGAGCGGGAAACUGCAUUUGGAUCCUCUCUUAGAUCCGGCUCAACCCGACUCCGCUCGCUCCCGUCAGCCAAAGAGGAGACGACAGAGAAGACCCUUCCCGCAGAGGAGCUUCAAAAACCACUGCUCCAACGGUGAGAAGAGGAAGCCCAACGGAGAUGUACAGCCCCUUCCAAACCGCACCUUAAAGCCUAAAGAUUUGACAGGAAGUCCAGUGGCGUCACAAAUAUCCCACUGAAAGUGAUGGGUCUUUUCAAAAUCUGAUAAAAGGAAAUCAACAUGACCAUGUAUAUGUGUGUUUAUUUACUGCUUACUUAUGGACACCUUAAAGCAGAACAUGCUAGGGAAAAUUAACCAACGUUGGUGUGUGUGAGAGACUCCAAGCAUUCGGGUGUGUGUGCCUGAAUGAAAGUUGGUGAAAUUAUUAUUAUGCCAAUUAUCUCACUUUAUUAAUUUCUGAGGCGUUGAUGUAUAAGUUCUUGAAUAUUGCUAAUAGUUAUAUCAGGUCUUGUAUAGCCCAUCCUGUACGUAU